CUCUCUUUAACUUGGGUUUUGUGGUUGAAAAAGGAGAGAAUUUUUGGAACUCCAAUUCACCUCCCUCUUGGAGUACAUUGAGUCAACAAUUGGUAUCAGAGUAAGGGCUCCAAUUUGAAGGUUUAACCACCUAGGAGUUGAUCGGGAAUGGCUCAAUUUCUAUCCUCUCAACCACUUGAAGGUUUGUCUACCACUAAGCCUCCUUUCUUUGAUGGUACUAAUUAUAAUUAUUGGAAGAAUAGGAUGAAGGUCUUCAUGCUUGCAAAUGUGCCCAAGGCAUGGGUUGUGACUAUGAAAGGUCCAUAUGUACCUAUGAAAAUUGUUGGAGAAAGAGAGGUGCCAAAGGAAGAGAUUGAUUGGAAUGAUGAAGACUUGGAGAAGAUCAUGAUCAACAACAAGGCAAUUAGUAUGCUUCAAUGUGCUCUCAAUCCAACGAAGUAUCAUAGAGUCUCCAGGUGUGAUACGGCUAAAGAGAUGUGGGACAUGCUAGAAGUCACUCAUGAAGGAACAAGCCAAGACUCUCUUGGAAAAUUUGAUUCUAAAAGUGAUGAAGGCAUCUUUGUUGGACACUCUACUUCUAGUAAAGCUUACCGUGUGUAUAAUAAACGUACUAAAGUUGUUGAGGAAUCUAUUCAUGUGGUAUUUGAUGAGACUAACCCUAUUUGCUCUAGAAAGUCUUGUAAUGAUGAUGAUGUAGAUGCCAUUGGAAAACAAAUAAAAGAUAUAAAUCUCAAGGAGGACAACACCCAGGAAGCUCAAGAUGAGAAAAAUGAGGAGGACAAACAUGAAGAAGUGCAACAAACACAUGAGCUAAGAGAACCAACUUUCCCAAGAGGAAGAUCCUAUGUCAAAGGUAAUGAAAUUCUUGGGGAUCCAUCAAAAGGGGUAAUUACUAGAUCUCAUGCUCAUAAUACUUGUGCUUUCAUUGCCUUUAUAUCUCAAAUUGAACCAAAUAAUCUUGAUGAUAGUCUAAAUGAUCCUAAUUGGGUGAUGGCUAUGCAAGAAGAAUUAGCUCAAUUUGAAAGAAAUAAGGUUUGGAAUCUUGUUUCUAGACCUAAAGACCAUCCCAUCAUAGGAACUAAAUGGGUUUUUAGAAAUAAGUUAGAUGAGAAUGGAAUUGUGGUUAGAAACAAGGCAGGACUAGUUGCUAAAGGCUAUUGUCAAGAGGAAGGAAUUGAUUUUGAUGAGACUUUUGCCCCGGUAGCUAGACUUGAAGCAAUUAGAAUGUUAUUGGCUUUUGCAUGCUUUGAAGGUUUUACACUUUAUCAAAUGGAUGUUAAAAGUGCUUUUCUAAAUGGUUAUAUUCAAGAAGAGGUUUAUGUUGAGCAACCUCCCAGUUUUGAAGAUCCAUCUUGUCGAAACCAUGUUUAUAAACUUUCAAAGGCUUUAUAUGGCUUAAAACAAGCUCCUAGAGCUUGGUAUGAAAGAUUAAGUAGUUUUUUGCUUGCAAAUGGUUUUUCUAGAGGAAGAGUUGAUACCACCUUGUUUGUGAAAAACAAAGGCCAAGAUAUACUAAUUAUCCAAAUCUAUGUUGAUGAUAUUGUAUUUGGUGCUACUAAUGAUUUUCUUUGUCAAGAGUUUUCCAAAGCUAUGCAAGGUGAAUUUGAAAUGAGCAUGAUGGGUGAGCUCAACUUCUUCUUGGGACUUCAAAUCAAACAAUCCAAAGAAGGCAUCUUCAUUAACCAAAGCAAGUAUACAAAGGAAAUGCUUAAGAAGUUUGGUAUGGAGACUUGUAAGCCAAUAGCUACUCCUAUGAGCACUUCAAUUAAUCUAGACAAGGAUGAAGGAGAUAUACCUGAAGGAGGAGAUGAUGAGUUUCUAGAUGUGAAUCAUGCCUUAGUUAGAGCCACAAUUGCCCCCAAUUGCACUGAAAAUCAAAUUAAAGUGGGGUCCCUUACACCAGAAAAUAGAGCAUUACAGUGGACUAUAUCUCGCAUUAUAGCUCAAAGAAAUGGGUCAAAAUCUUUUGUACUUGCCAGUGAUCUUCCUUGGUUCGACUAUCUUCUUAACGAAAAAAGGGUGAAUCUUGGAAUAUUCAUUUUCCAGAGCUUAAUCAAGAAUUACUCCUCGGAUAUGGGUCUUCCGCAUGGUGCAUUGAUCACUAGGGGAUCAAGCAAUGGAACUGAUACAGAUCAAGAAAUAGCAGAACAAAGGGAAGAAGAACAUGAAGAUGACAGCCCAAGACCCUUUCAAGCCUCCAUGCAAAGGACAAACCGUGAAACCAUGGAGCUAAUGAUAUCUGAGAUGUGGCAGCUGCACACCGACUUUUAUGGUUUCCGGACAGAAAUGAGAGGAAGAAUGCAUAACGUGGAAGGAAAGCUUGAUCGACCUGUUAACCAUUUUUUUCCUCCACCCCCACCUGAUGCCACCUAACUUGAUAUUUCUUUAGUUUGGUUAAUCUUUAGGAUGGACAUCUUAGGGUUAUGCAUUUUAUGUUUUUAUUUGACUAUGGAUAUGUCUUGAACCUUUUUAUCUUGUUUUAUGAAUGGAAAUGGCAUCACUUGUGUUAUCAUGCUUUGUGAAUGGUUGUUUAUGAUUUUGAUGAUAAUAUGCUCUUAUUGAGGGGGAGUUUAUUGGUUGAUGAUUGCGUUCAUGACUUUGGUUGUCUAUAGUGCUAUAUUGAUGAUGAUUGAUGAUUAUAUUCAUUACAUAUUCUUGAUGCUUUAAAGGUUAAUAGCAUGAAUUAAGGGGGAGUUUAUUG